AUGUCAGACUCAAAAUGGCAAUGGGAAAACGCCACCGCUGGCGCCGUUGCAGGCUUCGCCACGGUCGCCGCCAUGCACCCUCUUGAUGUCGUACGUACUAGAUUUCAAGUUAACGAUGGUCGCGUCGUCAAUCUCCCAACUUACAAGAACACUGCGCAUGCUCUUUUAACCAUUGCUCGCUUAGAGGUAGUUACCUACUCUAUUGGCUAUAGUACAGCCAAACAAAGGUAUUCUAAAAACAGGGACGAGAAGCUGAGCCCUGGUCUUCACCUUGCAUCUGCUGCAGAAGCUGGAGCUUUGCAGGUUUCUCAUGGUGCUGUCCAGUUCACAACUUACGAGGAACUUCGUAAAGUUAUUGUUGACUAUAAAGCCAAACAAAGAAAAGAAGAUUGUAAAAGUGCCGAUGCUGAUCUGUUGAAUUCAGUUGAUUACGCUAUCCUUGGGGGUUCUUCUAAAAUUGCUGCCAUUAUUCUGACAUAUCCAUUUCAGGUAGCCAUUCUUGUUAUUCGGUCCCGACUACAGCAACGGCCUAGUAUGGAAGGAACUCCAAGAUAUAUGGAUAGUUGGCAUGUCAUGAAGGAAACUGCACGGUUUGAAGGUUUCCGAGGCUUUUACAAGGGCAUAACACCAAACCUUUUGAAAAACGUUCCUGCUUCUUCAAUAACAUUUAUUGUAUAUGAAAACGUCCUGAAGUUGCUCAAAUUGGGAAGAACAAGCGACUGA